AAUUUCUAAGCUUAAUGGAGUUGAUGAUCUAUUGCCUAUUCUUGAUGUUCCAACACGUUGGAAUUCAACAUAUGAUAUGGUUAAGCGAGCUCUAGAUUUAAAAGUGGUUUUUGAUAAAAUCAUAUUAGCUAACGAAUUUUCAGACUUAAACAGUAUUAAAUUAAGUCAAUCUGAUUGGACAUCUCUGGAAAAUAUUGCAGCAUUUUUACGGUGUUUUGCCAAACUUUCAACUGAAAUGUGUGCGUCAACAUAUCCUACAAUUAGUGCAGUAUAUCCAAUGUAUAAUCUUCUUAUGGGUCAUGCUGAAAAAAAAAUGAAUAAAGACAAAACUCCAAAUAAUAUAGCUUUAGCAGCAAAUGCGGCAUGGAAUAAACUUUAUGAGUAUUACAAUAAAGCAUCUGAGGAAACACAUUAUAUUGCUACAAUCCUUGAUCCUCGCUGGAAAAUCAAAUAUUUUAAGGACUGGGAAGAUGAGGAAAAUGGAGACGAAAAUAUGUAUUAUAAAAAUGCCAAAAAAAUUUACUUUAAUAGUACUCCAGAACCAGGAACAAUUAAUGUACUAGAAUGGUGGAAAAGUCAUAAAAGUAAUUAUCCUACAUUAGUGAAAAUGGCACGAAAUUAUUUGGCUAUACCAGCAACUAGUGCGCCAGUAGAACGAUUAUUUAGUGAAAGUGGUAAUCUAAUAACUCCAGAACGAAAUAGACUCAGAAGUGACAUAAUUCACGCAAUUAUGUGUCUUAAAAGUUGGUUAACUAUUCCUAAUAUUACAAAUCAGUAAAAUCUAUGUAAUUUGAUAUAAAUAAAUAAAAAUUUACAUUUUGCAAUAUUAAAAAACACGUUUAACAAUCUUAU